AUGCAUCAGCUUUGGGGCUUAGCUCUCGCAAUCCGGGCAAGGUUCCCUGGGGCAAUGGCCAAUCUUGUCUUCUACGAACCAAACCCGAGUCACAAUCUACCGGCGUUAUUAUCCGCUUUUGGGAUCCGUCAAUUGCAUUGUAAUGUAUGGAAUUCGCACCCGAACCUUCACACAGUGACAAAGCAGGGUCCACCUAACCUGUCGGGCGAGUUUGUGGGUGAGGCAUUAGACAAAUGGAAGCAUGAUAUGCGCGCGCUCAGGACAAGCGGAGGCAAUAUACAAGUUGCUAAAGUACGUUCAGCUGACAUCCGCCAUUCUCGGCCCCCGCCUCUCCCCCCUGAGCCUUCGAUCUUGCCUCUUACCAACCUAAGCAGUAAUGGACUGGCUCACUGGCAUACUGGCAUUACUGGGAUACAUACAUACUCCGUCCAAGCCUCCAGCUACCUAGACUAG